CUCCACAACGCACUCCACAACACAUACAUCAGACACAUCAAAUACAUCAAAUACAGUCACUCAGGAUCAACUCUAUCAUCUACAGCAUCAUGUCUCUAUUAACCAUACCAAACGAAAUCCUUAUGCAGAUCGUGCACGAACUCGACGAGCAAGGCCUCAAUGCCCUCCUACAAACCAACCGCAGCCUAUACGAGGCCUUCAACGACUACCUUUACGAGUCUCACGUUGAGAAAUACGGCGGAAUAGCCCUGUUAUGGGCUGCCAUCAAGGGAAGGGUGGACACCGCAAAACGACUGCUCGAUCUAGGCGUUGAUCCAAACACCUCGUUGAGAGAGGCCAAAGAUAGCGGGUGUCACAUGCUCGAAUCCGGGCGCUUGGCGAAGCUUGAUGACUGGCUUGUCGUGCAGAGGAUUUCAGGGUAUCUUGGCGAUCCCAGGAUUAUGAUACCCAAGAGUCUGGUUCAGCGAUGGUGUGAGGAGAGGUGGUGUUGGGGACACGAAAAAUUCUUCCAAGCUCCAUUGCUGUGUGCUAUAAAAGGCGCCCAUGCAGAUGUUGUGGAGUUACUCUUAUCGCAACCCGGCAUUGAUAGGAAAUGCAGAGACGACAAUUUACAUAACACCCUGCAAAUAGCGGCUGCGAAGGGGCACGUCGGAAUCAUGAAGAUGCUCCUGGCCAAAGGGCUUUGGGGGAUAACCGAGAAGUGUGGCCAGAGUUAUUCAUAUCAUAGGACGCCUUUGUUCCAAGCAGUUUCUUGCGGCCAUGAAGGGAUAUUCGAUCUGAUUCUCCAGCAGGACGUCUGCCAUUGGGAGGAAGAUGAAAUUCUCCGAUACGCGCGACGACGCGGAGGGAACAUGUUGAAGUCGCUACUAGGAUAUGCCCAGUGUUCUCGAUUCAGAAUCACCGAUCCGAAUGCCGGAUUAGCGGAUGCCGCUCAAGCUGGGGAUGCGAUCGGACUGGAAAUACUCCUCACUCAGCCAGGGGUAGAUCCAGGGUGGACGAGGUACAGUGGAGAUCCCACGCCAUUUGAACUGGCAGCAAAAUACGGUCAAGUCAACAUAAUGCAGAUCCUCCUGGCCACGGGAAAAGUGGAUGUCAAUAGCCGGGAUAGCGACGGCAACACCCCCCUAUUUCAUGCUGCAUCGAAUGGCCAUGAGAAUGUGGUCGACUUCUUACUUUCCCAGCCAGGGAUUUCGCAGUAUGCACGAAAUUAUGACAACAAGAUGGCCGCUCACUUUGCUUUGGAGGCUGGGAAAAAGGAUCUGUGCAGGCGCUUGAAGGAGGAUAUCCAAUUGGAGCCGGGAUUUGAGUGUUUACUUCGGUGAUUGGCAUAUUAUUUUUGCUCUACUGUUUAGUCUUUUUUAUCGUUGCGUUUUCUCAUACUCUAUUUUAUGUUAUGGGGAUAUUUACAUGCUAUGGAGUACCUUGCUGAUGCUUUGUUGAAUGACGUUGCAUGUUGUAUACUGUACCGAUAAAUUGUUAUGAAUGUUACAUCUUAAAACACGA